AUCCAAACGCAACACCCAUCCGCACUGUGAAAUUACAACCACUGCGCACCAAUCCGCACUACGGAAUCCCGUCGCCCUUCACGCCGUUUCCGCAAUGGCGUCCCCGCUUCGCGCGUGGCUGCGACUUUUCGCCCGGCCGCCUCCCCACGCCUCCCCGCGCUCCCGCCUCGCGCCGGGGGCCUCUGCCCGCUGCCCUCCGCCGGCCGCGGCCGCCCUCGGCCCGCAGAGCCGCGCCUACAGGGCCCCGCCGCUGCGCUACGACACGGGCCCGCAGGCUGGGCCGCACUCGGGCCCCCGGGCUUUCCUAGCUCGGCCCCCGCAGGAGGCGACCGCUGAGCGGCUGAGCUCGGCCGAGACCGGCCCGGACCCGGGCAGCCCCCUCGCUAGGCCGCGCUCGGGCCCCCCGCGUCGCCUAGAGUCGCCGCCGCGGGACCCCGAGGGGUUGACGGGGGACUGGCGGAGCUCGCCCGAGGCCCUUCGCAAGGCGUUCGGGCGCUACGGGGCCCAGCGGAGCGGCGUGGACCCCGGGGCACUGUGGGCUUGGGCGGCGGAGGUGGAGGCGGUGGAGGAGGAGGCGACCCUGGGGGAGAAGCUCGCGAACGUCGCCCGGAGGGAGGCGGAGGAAGAGCAGAGGAGGAGGGAGAGUGCGUCCCGCAUCUCCACAGCGAUGGCCUCGAUGCCGUCGGCGGUGUCUGCGUGGCGCCGUGAGUCUCUGGCGGCCCGUGGUCGUGCCCUGGUGGAUCGGCAGCGGCGUGCCGGGCUGGUGGAGCGGCUCCACCAGCGGCUCGGCACCACCGGCGGCGCCGGGGACCACAGAGACCGCCGCUUCCAGCAGCUGCUGGCCGAGGAGGAGGAGGCGGAACGUCGGCGCCUCAAGAAGCUCCGGCGCCAGCAGAAGGCCCUGGAGGCCGUGGCCACCAGGGGGAGGGGCCCCGGCGGGGGGGG